CCGCAUUUGAAAUGUGGCUGUUAAUGUAAUGGCCUUUAUUAUUAUUAUCAUUGCAUUGUCGUAUCUUACUGGGAUGUAUGAAAUUUUGUUCUGUAGCCGCAACGUAUUAAAAAUUAGAUAACCUCUUUUGAAUUGUCAAAAAUAUUUGGCACUUGCUGGCAAUUGAUAUUCUAUUAAAAAGUCAACAUGGAGAUAGACAACGAAAAUGUUAUUCAAGCCGUCAUUAUAAUGGACACAUUCAACAACAAUUUUAAUCCCAUAUGUAAUGAUAAGGCAAUGGGUUUUCUACAAGUAGCUGGUGUUCCAUUGAUAGAUUAUGUGCUCGAGUCAUUAGCAUUGGGCGGAGUAGAUGAAACUAUACUGUUCUGUUGUCAAUAUGGAAAUAAAAUAAAAGAAUAUGUCAAGGAAUGUAAAGAAAAUAAAGCGUCAUGGAGUUUAACAAUGGAUGUCCAGGUGAUGAUGUCGGAUACUUGUCAGACUAUGGGUGAUGUGAUGAGAGAGUUAGACGCUGCUGCUUUACUUAAAGGCUAUUUCAUAUUAGCUGGUGUGAACAGCAUUAGCAAUAUCCAUUAUGCAACCCUAAUGGAACAGCAUAAGCAAACAUGCAAAAAAGAUAAAGGUGCAGCAAUGACUUUAAUUUACAAAAAGCUUUCUUGGGAGCAUCCUUUGAUUAGCUCUGAUAAACCACUAUUCCUUGUGGCUAAUGGAAAUACUAAUAAAGUGCUUAUGCACCAGAAAUAUAAACAGGGAUCCAAAGAAAAAACAGUCUCACUGCCAUUGGAUAUAAUUUUAAAUCAUUCUGAGGUGAAGUUGCAUCAUGAUUUAGCUGAUACAAAUAUAGCUCUGUGCUCACCUACUGUUCCACCAUUGUUCUCUGACAACUUUGACUUUCAAACAAGAGAUGACUUUAUCCAUGGAAUAUUGAUAAAUGAAGAGAUUCUGGCCAGCUCUUUGUACUACAUACUUCUAAAAUCAAAUCAAUAUGCUGCAACUGUCUCAAAUUGGAGAACAUAUCAAAUUAUAAGCCGCGAUAUACUCCACAAUUGGGCAUAUCCAUUAUCCAUAGUAUCUGGAUCAUAUCAUAAAAAUAAAUAUAUUGUUACGGGAAUGGUCAACUUUGUUGAUAAAACUGCAACAUUGAGUAGAUCAUGCGUACUGGUGGAAGAUGUAUUAAUUGGACCACAAACGCAUAUUCAUGACAACACUGUAGUAUCAAAGUCAAUUAUAGGGAAAAAUUGUGUAAUUGGUAAUAAUGUAACUAUCAAGGGAUGUCACCUUAUGGAUAAUAUAGUUGUUAAAGAAAACUGCACCAUAUUAAAUUCAUUUAUUGAUAGCAACUGUGAAAUAAAAGCAAAUGCAAGCAUGGAUGGUGCUAUUAUAGCCUUAAAUGUGACCGUAGAAGGAGCUAGUCAACUGACAGGCAGUAUAAUAGAAAGUUCAGAAAAAGAGAAAGAGAAAACACUUUUAAAAUCGACAUCAGAAAGUGGGACAGAAUGGGAGGAGUCAUCAGGAAGUGGUGAUGAAGAAAUUAUUGGUUUUCAUAAGACAUGGAGCAGCAGCGAAUCUUGUUACUCAUCUGAUAGUAGUGCUGAAUCUAUUCUACCAUCUUCUCCAAUACCUGAUGAUACAAAUAUUUUCUUACAAGAAGUUAUUGAUAGCCUUGCUAGAGGUUAUGAAGAAAAGUUGAAGUGUGACUAUUUAAUUUUAGAAAUUAAUUCAUCAAGAUAUGCAUAUAACAUACAAUUACAUGAAGUAAAUUUCUUUGUUGUGAAGGCAUUACUUAGCAUCCCAGUGAUUUCACAAAAUAAGAAUAUACUUGGAACAAUUAAGGAUAUUUUAAAAUAUUUUCGGCCAGUUUUGAACAACUAUAUUAAAACAAAGUCAUCAAUAUUCGAUUGCCUAAGGGCUAUAGAAGAUAGCUGUAUUAAAUGUGAGUGGCUUGAGAACAGAGCAGGACAAAUUGUUCAUUUAUUUUAUGAAGCAGAUGUGGUUGAUGAGGACUCACUGAUUGAAUGGCAUGAUGAGUUAAAAGAGAGUGAGAGUCCUAUUGCCAAUCAGACAUCAAUUGUCAAAUUCUUUGAUUGGCUUCAAGAAGCAAGUGAAGAAAGUGAAGAUUCUGAUUAAAAAAAUAUUUUAUUUCAUUACACAUUAUUUUAAAAUAGUAUGUACGAACAUGUAAUUCAACUAAUAUAUUGACUUAAUUUUAAAAA